GCAUGACUUCUGCUGAAAAGAAGAACCAAGCAAGCUCAAAACAAACAUUCAAAAGUUCUCUUAUAUUGGAUACUAUCAACCACAAAAAACACUUCAAAAACAAGGCUCUCUAUCUACCUACCAUACAGGAUGUAUCAUCAUCAUCACCAAGCAAAAAAUAUUCACUCUUCUUCAAGAAUGUCAAUACCAUCUGAAAGACACAUGUUUCUUCAAACAGGAAAUGGAUCUAGUGAUUCUGGACUUGUUCUCUCAACUGAUGCUAAGCCUAGAUUAAAAUGGACACCUGAUCUUCAUGCAAGGUUUAUAGAAGCUGUCAACCAGUUAGGUGGAGCUGACAAAGCUACUCCAAAAACAGUGAUGAAACUCAUGGGAAUUCCGGGGCUUACCUUAUAUCAUCUAAAGAGCCAUCUUCAGAAGUAUAGAUUGAGCAAGAAUCUGCAUGGACAAAGCCACAAUAAUAACGUGACACACAAAAUAAACACACAUUCGGCUUCGGGAACGGAUGAGAGACUUUCUGAUCAAACCAAUGGAACUCACAUCAAUAAAUUAACACUUGGACCGCAGCCUAAUAACAACAACAAAGAUUUACACAUAAGCGAGGCGCUGCAAAUGCAGAUUGAGGUUCAGAGAAGACUCAAUGAACAACUUGAGGUACAAAGACAUUUGCAGCUUAGGAUAGAGGCACAAGGAAAAUACCUUCAAUCGGUGCUUGAGAAAGCUCAAGAAACACUUGGUAGACAGAACUUAGGAAUAGUAGGACUUGAAGCUGCUAAAGUUCAACUUUCGGAGCUUGUAUCAAAAGUAUCCUCACAGUGUCUAAAUUCAACAUUUUCAGAAAUGAAGGAGUUACAAGGUUUUUGUCCUCAAACAAUACAAAUCACGAACCAACCAAACGACGGCUCGAUGGACAGUAGUUGCUUAACAUCGAGCGAACGAUCACAGAAGGAACAAGAGAUCAUUCAAAAUGGAGGGUUUGGUUUAAGACACUUCAACAACAACAAUAACAAUCAUGUGUUCAUGGAAAGAAAAGAACAACAAUUAACAGAAGCAGCGGCUUCUAUGCAAAACCUUAGAAACACUGAAGUAUUAAAAUGGUGUGUUGAUGAAGUGAAAAAGAACAGUACUUUUCUCACCCCUUUAGAAAGAAAUCAUGGAAACUUGUCUAUGAACAUUGGAGUUGAACAAAAUCACUCAGAUGUUGGUGAGUUUCAACACAGAAACACUGCAAGAACAGAAACAAUGAAAUCAGUGGAUGAUAAUAACAAGAUUCAACAACCUUCUAAUUACUUUUCAGCUUCAAGAUUGGAUUUAAACAGUCGUGGAGAUAACAAUGAAGGUGCUACAAGCUGUAAGCAACUUGAUUUGAAUAGGUUCAGUUGGAACUGAGAUGAGAUCGAAGGGAUAGAGAGUGAAUUUUAGCCAAAUGAUAAUAAGUUGAUGUAACAAAUUUAGAACAGUGAUGAAUUUGUAAUCAACCAUUAUAUUAUGAAGGAGAUAGCUCCUGUAUAAUAUUGAUACAAUUUUA